GUCUGCUGGUGGAAGAGGGGAGCCCAGGCCUCAGUCGUCACUAUCCUAGUGUUGGCGGCAGAAGGGCGGACGGGGUCCCGGCUGCUGCUGUGGUACUCCUUGGGCAGCAGUGAAAAGGAAGAAGACCUGCGAUGCCAUCACUUGCGUUCUCCUGGCCAAACUGCUGCUUUCCCAGGGGAGCUGAUGUACAGGUUUCCACUCACCUCACAUUUGCUCCGCCUUGCCGGGCAGAAGGGUCUGUUAGCUCAAUCCAGUUUGCUUAGCAAAGCGGGCAUCUCGACAGGCAUUUCAAGCAUGCUAAGCCACCUAGAGGGAGCCAACACGAUUCAAAGACACAGCCUUUCCCGCUGUGGGGCACUGAUGCCCCCGGGGGAGCAAGGAUCCCAGAGAGGGUGACAUUGCCUAGUGCCUGAAGCAGGGGGCCUCUGGGAGGUGGGAGACUGGGAUGUCUUUUAGGCACUCAAAGGUUAAAAGAAUGAAGUCAUUUCGUGCUAGGUCUCCCCCCACCUCCUCUGGCGGAAAUCUCGGGUCUCCCCAGCUCUGCAUCCUGUCGCUGACUUGACUAUGAAAUCUGGGGGUAGAAGGGAGAGGAAGAGGCUAGCCCUGCUUUGUACCAGGCUAGCUCCAGAGUGACUCCUCGAGGGGCUUCCACCAGCGUUGAGGCUGGCUCCUCAGCGCCUCUUCCCAUGUGUGUUUUGUGUUAAACACCCAGCCCCCGAGCUGCUACAGCCCCUGCAGCAGGAGGGAGAUGGGAUUAACCCUUCCCCGCCGGCAGCGGAGCGCUGGCUCGGGCACCGGAGAAAAGGGUGGGAGGAGAGCUGAGCCUGGCGGCCCGAAGCUUCUCUGCUUGACUGAUUUCAGUUAGGGCACCGCACCCUGUCUAGGGUUCAGAUCUCGAAUUCAGCUGUGUGUGUCAAGGAACCCAGCAGGGCAGAUGCAACGAAAUCAGCCUGUGGUUACUGAAGAGUUAAAAAGCUGCUUAAAUCGUCUCUUUAGAAAAAUAGGAAACCGAAGGGGUGGAGACCACUAGCUAAAGGAAACGUUUAAAGCCACUUGCAUAACAAAGCCAAGUUGGAGUUCCUUCUGGGGCAGUAGAGAUGCGGAGUGCAGUGGCUUCAGAGACUGAACGCUUUCUGAGCAAGGGCUGUGGUGUCUGAGGUUACCCAGGGAGUACCGGACACUGGAGCCUCCACCUCAAAGAUACUGCCACAAGGGUGGCCGGUGAGGUUUCUACUUGACUUCACCCUCUAGUGGGCGGCUGGAGAAGUGCCACUCAGCCUGGAACCAUGGACUCUACCAGCAGCCGCCAGAAGAAAGUUUUCAAUGACUCAGUCAGCGAUUAUGUCAACUCUGAAAUCAUUAAGAAACAUUACAACUUCACAGGGAAGUUAAACGAGAAGGCAGACAGUGGAAUAAAAGUGACCUCAGUGGUUUUUAUCAUCAUUUGCUGCUUUAUCAUCUUAGAGAACAUUUUUGUCCUGCUGACCAUCUGGAAAACCAAGAAGUUUCAUCGACCCAUGUACUAUUUCAUUGGGAAUUUGGCUCUGUCAGACUUGCUGGCUGGGGUGGCUUAUACUGCCAACCUUUUGUUAUCUGGACACAAAACCUAUAGUCUCACCCCUGCCCAGUGGUUUGUCAGGGAAGGCAGCAUGUUUGUAGCUCUGUCAGCCUCUGUGUUCAGCCUGCUGGCCAUUGCCAUUGAGAGGUAUAUCACUAUGCUGAAGAUGAAACUCCACAAUGGGAGCAACAGCUUCCGCUCCUUCCUACUGAUCAGUGCCUGCUGGGUGAUAUCCAUGAUCCUAGGGGGGCUCCCUAUUAUGGGCUGGAACUGUCUCGACCACCUGCAGAGUUGCUCCACUGUGCUGCCUCUCUACCAUAAGCACUAUAUUCUCUUUUGCACUACAGUUUUCACUGGUCUUUUAUUAUCCAUCGUUGUCCUCUACUGCAGGAUCUAUUCCAUGGUCAGGACUCGGAGCCGCAGGCUGACAUUUCGAAAAAACAUUACCAAAGCCACAAGGAGCUCAGAGAAAUCCCUAGCCUUACUCAAGACAGUCAUCAUUGUCCUGAGCGCAUUUAUUGCCUGCUGGAGUCCCUUGUUCAUCCUACUCUUGCUGGAUGUGGGGUGCAAAGUGAAGGCCUGUUCAAUCCUCUUCAAAGCUGAAUAUUUCUUAGUACUGGCUGUGCUCAAUUCAGCCACGAACCCUAUCAUCUACACCUUAACCAACAAAGAGAUGCGGAGGGCCUUCAUCAAGAUCCUGUGCUGCUGCAAAUGCCCCUCUGCAGAUUCUGGGGCCAAAUUCAAGAGGCCAAUCAUAGGAGGGAUGGAGUUUAGCCGAAGCAAAUCUGACAAUUCCUCCCACCCACAGAAGGAUGAGGGUGACUGCCCGGAGACAAUCAUGUCUUCAGGCAAUGUCAACUCAUCUUCUUAGAAGUAUCCAUCGGGGGCAUAUUUAAAAGCCUCCCCUUUGAAACCUGACAGACAAGAAGCUACCUGCUCACUGUAGCAACUCCAAAGAGAUGGCCUAAGUGAGCAAGGUAGCAUUAGUUCUGAAGAGGCAAGCAGGGCACUUGCAAGGGUGGAGUUCAGGAAGUGGGACAGACUGUUCUGGCUUGAAAACAUUUCCCUAUGGAGCAUGUUUUGUCUUUGCACUGAGGCAGACUCAGGAUUGCCAGGAGUAUUCAUAACUCGGAAAGACUGAUGCCUUGGUGAAACGGUGCCGUGUGUGUGUGCGAGUAUGUGCAUGACUGAGAGGCAGAAGGAGGAGGGUGGGAAAAUGAAUUUUUUUUUCUGUGUGAAGAACGUGAAGUUAUUAUUUCUUCACUUGCAGAAAAAGCCCUGACACAAAAGACCUUUCUGUACCAAGUUUAGGGAUGGCUCUACUAUCCUGGGUCACAAGCGUUUGCCAUUUGGCACACAGCAGGAAAGAGAUUACACCAAUGUAAUCUAGAUCACUGACAACCAUAGGCUGGCAUCACUUUCCUGAGUUUUUUAGAUGUAAUAAGAUUUCAUCUGCAGAGUCCAAAGCUUUUCUUUAGCAAGAUCAGUUCUGUGAAGUUGUGCUGAAAAUUCAUAUUACUUUUACGAUCAUGAGCCAGACUCUGCAUUCGAUUACAUUCAUAUAACCCCAAAGAAGUCAACAGGAUUGCAUGGGAGGAGCUCAGAAUAGCAUUUGGCCCGAUAGAUCUAUUGAUUUGUUAUAUUGAGUAUGAAAUAAAUUACAUGACCAUAAUAGUUACAGGAUAAAACUACAGUUAAAGAGAAAAUUAACGUGUGAUAUUUGACAAGAUAAAUAUAAUAUCAAGUACUAUUGGCAUCAGUGUUUUUGCCUGAGUAAGGACAGAGUAAAAACUGAAAAAGAACUUCAGGAUUUGGCCCAUAGUGUUUCCAUAGUAAAGAUUGAUUAGAAAGUCUGUAUAGAAUACCAUGAGAUUCAGAGAAAUAAAAAAGGACCUUUGUCCAAGUGAAAUGGCUAUUGAUGACAUAUAAAUGUACUUCCAUAACAAAAUGCAAGACAUUUUUUGACACUUACUUUGUGUUCUUUGAUUAGAAUGUUCAUAAUUUCAGGAAAGAUAUCUGUAUUUUAUCAAUUCACGUAAGAAAUACCUUUAAUUUAAAUUGAAUGUAUUUGUUUUAUGGCAUCAUUUCUAUUACGGUAUUUUUCUAACCUGCAUUAAGGGGAUUGAAUGUAUUCAAUAGAUAUAAUUAACGAGAUGCAGAAGUCUUCAAACACCUAGAGCAUUACUAUAACAAAAAAGUGUAUCGGGGUAGCUGAACAAUUGAUUAAUGUACAGUUAUUGUCGAAACCUAGAAGUGAUUUUCUAUAAAAAUAUUGUCUUUGUAGUAUGAUUUCCAGUGCAAUUAAACUGAUUUUUUUCUUUGUUUUUAAAAAAUAGUAUUUAAAAUGUUUUGACUUUUAUUGUUCAAUUUGCACAUAGCUUUAUUGAUUUCUAAACAUUAAUAAACUGAUUUUUUUAAGAUGCUA